AACCAGUUGUGCUCGCACCCUAAGCGAUCAGUACGUGAUUAGUUCACAAUCUAUUUAGUUUUAAACCGGUUGUAUGAUAACAUUUUCUGUGGUCCCGGUUGUGUUAAAAUUUAAAUUUUGACAGAACCACGGAAUGUUGGCCACGUGUAAAUAAUGUUUCCUGUAAAUAUGAAUCAACAAGAAGUAAACCUAAAACUCGUCGGAGAGGUGGAAAAACAUCCAGAAUUGUAUAAUUUUAAACUUCCUGAAUUUACAAGAAAAUCAGUGACGGAUAAAGCAUGGCAGGAGGUGGCCGACGAAAUGAAUAUGCCAGUUGCUGAUGUAAAAGAGAAGUGGCGAAAUUUACGGUCAGUUUUUAUGCGUAGAAUGAGAUCUCCUGAAGAUGGAUCAAAGAAAAAGGCGUACUAUUUAGAACAUGCCAUGAAAUUUUGUUUGCCGUAUAUAAAACAAAAUAAUACUAGCUCAUCAUUAGUACUCAGCUCGACUGGUACAACUCAAUCAACAAAUGAAGAACUUGUUGAAAACAUUGAUACCUGUGAGGAGAAUAGUUUCCAGCUACAUUUCCCACAAUUAUCAUCGCCUGCCCCGACGGACCCUAGUAACUCUCCUGCGACUUCACCGUUCCAACAAAAUAACGUCACACUCCCUCAACAAACGAAAGACAAACCGGUCAAGUUCUCGCUGCCUCUUCAAGGCAACAAGCUGUUCAUAGUGAGGAAUAAAGCAGCCGGGAACACAGACCACCAGUAUCACCAGCCUGAUUUCAACAGGCAUAAAAAGGCAAAAAUACAAAUCAACUCGGCAGAGAGCACUUCUAAAAAACUUGACAGGCAGCAAAGUAUCAAAAUGUUCCUACUCAGCUUGAUGCCAGAAUUAGAAGAACUAACUGAUUAUCAAAUCAAAUUGUUCAAACGACGAGUUUUCUGUAUUAUAGACGAAGUAUCUAAUUCCCGUGAAUAGAUUGUAUAUAUCUUAUAUGAUAAAAAAAAUGUUAUGUUUUAAUAAA